UUAAUAUUCAGCUUUUCUCGUGUUUUUUGCAACUUAAAUUGUAUUUUACCACGUAUUGUAAUACCCGCCCCAAAAAGAAUCCGCAUGAACAGUUGUGAGAUUAAUAUAUAAUAUAUAUGAUUUCUGUGUGGAAGUUCUUUUCGCGAAUUGCUCGUGGUCGAAAUUUGGUUGAAAAUGACGAGUUUGAAAACGCAAUCCGUGCAAGUUUACGGUCGUAAGAAAACCGCGACCGCAGUGGCUCACUGCAAGCGGGGGAAAGGUCUGAUCAAAGUUAAUGGACGACCCAUCGAACUUGUGGAGCCUGAAACACUCAGAUAUAAGAUGGAGGAACCGAUUCUACUUCUUGGCAAAACUCGUUUCGAGGGUGUUGAUAUCCGCAUCCGUGUGAAGGGGGGCGGACGGGUCGCACAAGUUUACGCUAUUAGACAAGCACUUGCAAAGUCACUCGUCGCUUAUUACCAAAAGUUUGUUGACGAAGCUUCCAAGAAAGAGAUCAAAGACACGUUGAUCCAAUACGACCGAACCCUGCUCGUAUCCGAUCCAAGGAGGAAAGAAUCGAAGAAGUUUGGAGGAGCCGGUGCAAGAGCAAGAUACCAGAAAUCUUAUCGUUAAGAUUUUGUUCCCAAAUAAAAUCAAAACGAAGAUUUACGUUUA